GGCGAGCGCGCCCCGCAAGCCGCCAGCCAAUGGGAGGCGCGCGGCGAGUGACAGCUGGCCAAUGGGCGCCGCCGACUCUCCCGUGCCGCGGCGCGGGGGGUGGGGAUCUCCCCGCCGCCGCCUGAGGAAUGUCAACUAUUCAACAUGGAGACGGCGGUUACCAGGCUCGAGACCCUGUUCCAGAAAGCAGAAUCUGAUCUGGAUUAUAUUCAGCGCAGAGUGGAGUUUGAAAUAAUGAAAAGUCUUCCUGAUGAUGCAGCAGAGGAGGAUCCAGCUGCUCUCCUGAAGGAGCUCCCGGUGCUGAAAUCCCGCUACAAAUCCCUGUGUGCCCAGAUGGAGGAGAUUUCCCUGGAGCAGAAGGAAUCCAUGGAGAGCAUCCGUGCUGCCCUGGAGAAAACCAUGAAGAUAGUGCAGGCACUGCAGCAGCAGACUGAGCUGGAGAGCUUACCUCUGUCAGCAGAAGAACAGACUGCAGCCCAGCAGCUGAACUUGCAAACUGGGAAAGGAAUGGAAUUUUCAGUGCAAGAGCCAGGAUCUACAGUCCCUGGCUCACCUGAAGAAACCCAGUUCACACCAUUGACUGAGGAAACAUUUAUGAGUGUGCCCAGGAGCAUCAGAAGCACUGUCAAGUUAGCAGACUUGAAUCAUUUUUACAAGGAGUUAUUUAACCAUUUCAUUGUACAGAAGAACAGAGCAGCACUGAGUCUUUCACAGAUGAAAAAGAUGAAUAUGAAAGCCACUGACUCAAGAAUUCAAAUCCUGGGAAAACUGGGGAUUGUGGAACUCGACAAACAAGGAAAUGUGAAAUUAGCUGUGUGAAAGAAAACUCAUCUGACACAGAAGCAGCUCGGUACAGCUCCUGGGUUAUUGAGGAGCAAGAAUUUCUUGGAACACGAGUUCCACUGUAGGGAAGUUGUUCAUGUUUCUGUAGAAACUUUCUGUUGAUAAUGCUUGAAAUUGGGGAGUUCAAGAUCCCUGAGGCUGGCACUUUACCUUGGCUGUUUAAAGGAUUAUGGUUGAUGCAUUUUUAAGGAAUGUUGUGAGCCAUGUGAUGCUUCCAUUUCCGUGCUGCAUUCCUGAGGGGGUUUGAAAGGCAAAUAAUCCAACCCUCUAAUUGUCCUUGCAUUCCUGAAUAAAGAUUUAUUAUACUUUUGUUUAAGUGACUCCUGA